UCUGUAUUUCAUGAAGAAUUUUUUAAGGUAUUUAAUAGGGUCGUUGGCGACCGAAAAUUUUAAAAACCGAAAACCGGGGAUACCGGUUGAUAAUCGGUUGCCAACAACCCUAGUAUUUAAAUUAAAAAGUAUAAGUAAUAUUUUUUUCAAGGCUGCAUGGGAUGUACAAAUUAUUUGUAAACCAAAACUUCGUCGUGAUUAUUCAAAAAGUUACAAACAGAAAUUAAAAACGAUGAUUUGGCCGAGAAAGGACUAG